CUGGUUCUCCAGCACCAAUUCUUCAACGCCAGCAGCAGCAAAAGCAACAAGGCGACAGCAGCAGCAUUACAAUAUCAACAGCAGCCUCUGCACCCCCAGCAGCACCAGCAUUAUCAGCAGCAGCAGCAAAGGCAGCAGCAUCAGCAGCAGCGCAGUACUCAGCAACCACAGCAGCAUCAUCACGAGCAGCACGCUCAACAGCAGCAGCAGCAUCACCAGCAGCAGCAGCAGAGUGAGAAGCAGCAUCAACAACAUCAUCAUCCUCAUCAGCAUCUUCCCCAUCAGCAGCAGCAACAACAACAGCAGAAGCAGCCUCAACAGCAGUAA